AUGGAAAUAUUCGCCACGGUGGGAUCGGCGGAAAAGCGUGAGCUCAUGAAGAAGCUCUACGGCAUUCCCGACGAUCACAUUCUCUGCUCGCGCGACACUAGUUUUGCCAUGGCAGUCAAGCGGAUGACGGGCCAGCGGGGCGUUGAUCUCAUUCUUAACUCACUAUCUGGGGAGAUGCUGCGCCAGACAUGGCAAUGCCUUGCGCCGGGGGCAACCUUCAUCGAGGUGGGCAAGGCGGUCGUAGAGAGCGUGCGACCGCCAGGUAACGAGGUCGGCGUCACUUACACCGUCUUCGACAUCGAACAUAUUAUUCGCGGGGAUGACCGACUGACCGGGAGGCUCCUUGACGGCGCGCUCGACUACGUCCGGCGCGGCAUCACAAAGUCCGUCAGCCCGUGCCGCCAGGUUCCCAUCAGCGAUGUCCACAAGGCUUUUCGCCUUAUGCAGACGGGCCGUCAUACCGGCAAACUCGUCUUCUCGUGGACCGACGAUGUUGCAGUCCCGCUGCUACGCCCCAACACUUCUCUCCGCCUUCAUCCCAACGCUACGUAUCUCCUUGUUGGUGGUCUUGGAGGCAUCGGACGCAGUGUGGCUCUCAUGCUUGUCAACAUGGGUGCGCAAAACCUCUGCUUCGUAUCCCGCUCCGGUAUGCGUACGGAUGCAGCCCGCAAGCUGGCCGCCGAGCUCGAAGCGAAAGAUGUCACCGUCAACGCGUACGAGUGCGACGCCUCCGAUGCUGCUCAAUUUGAGCAGACAAUCUAUCGUUGCCGCAAAGAAAUGCCGCCGAUUCGGGGCGUUCUUCAAUGCGCAAUGGUGCUGCGAGAUUGCACUUUUGCCAACAUGGAUUAUACACAGUGGACAGAGGCGGUACGGCCUAAAGUCCAGGCCAGCUGGAACAUUCACUCGCAGCUCAAGGACAGCGAAGUUGACUUCUUCGUCAUGCUGGCAUCGUUUGCGGGCUAUUUUGGUAACGCCGGUCAGAGCAACUACGGCGCCGGCUGUACGUUCCAGGAUGCUCUGGCUCAAUACCGCCGCUCUAAAGGGUUGCCUGCCGUCUCUUUGGACCUUGGCAUCAUCCACGAUGUGGGCGUCCUUGCGGAGACUGGCAUGACAGAUAACCUCCGCGACUGGGCCGCCAGCUUCGGCAUACGGGAGCAACAGCUGCAGAAUCUCAUCCGCAUAGCCAUCCAGGAUCAGAUCACUGGGGCCGGAGUGGUUGAGGCUCAGAUCCCCACAGGAUUUGCAUCUCUUCGGGCCGCCAACGCAGCCGGCAUCCCGAGGCCGUCCUACCUAAGCGACACACGCUUCGCCAUACUGGCUGCCGACGGCCGUCUCACCGACCAAGGGUCACACAGGCUUGACGCGGCCAAGGUUUCCAAGUCUGUGGCAGAGGCGCGGACUGUCGUCAGUGAGAUGUUGACUUAUAAGGUGGCACAGUGCUUGAAGGUCGCUGAAGAUGAGGUGGACCCAGCCAAGAGCCUGCCGUCGUACGGCAUUAACUCACUGGUGGCGAUCGAGAUUCGAAACUGGAUAUUUAGGGAGAUCAAGGCCGAGGUCACUAUAUUUAAUCUGAUUGCCCCGGUGCCUCUCAGCAAGCUGGUGGAUAAGAUUGUGACGGGGCUUUUUCCUGAAAACUAG